GACCACGUGCUCUUCAUCUCUUACUUCAUUCUAUAAAUUCUCCAUUUCGACUUCUUCGUCUCCGCAGUGUCCCGCGUCUACGACUAGUGGCAACGAUUUGUCCAGCUGCAGCUGCAACUCCGUGAAUUCUCGAAAUGGAAACGCCUAUAUUCAUCUUUCCCUCAAGCGAAUGUACAGAGGAUAGCGGGCCUAAGAAGGAUAUUCCUCCGCCAGAGGAAUUCUACGGGUUCACGCUUAGUGAUUGUGAGCUCGCAAUUAUGGCUGACGACAAGGAGAGAUUUCUAGAUGCCAUCAAUGGAGAAAAUGGCAGCUUACCACCUACCGUGAGUCUAAGGACUAUCAAUCUUGAUCUAUUUAUGAACGAUGCUUCAAAAUGUGCCGAAGCAGUGCUAGAAGGAAAAGCCAAACCACUGACUUCCAGUCAGGCUUUUUGUUUUGAUGGGUUUUAUGAGCUUCACAAUGCUGCAAGAUAUCGGUCCCUCAAAAUCACGAGGUUGUUCGUUGAACAUGACAAAAAUAGAGCCAUGUCCAAUGCUAGAUGUGAUGCCAGGCUGGGUUUCUGUGAAGCUAAGGUGCUUCCUCUCCACAUUGCACUUGCAAUUCCUGCGAAUGGACUUGUCUUUGCUGAUUGGGAUGAUAGAAAUGGAGGCAGUGACGCCUUUAAGCUUAUCUGUAGACUUUGUGCUCCAAGUAUGAGGCACCGUUUGGAGAUUGCGAGAUUGAUCGCCCUGAAGACAAAUAAGAUUGAAAAGGAAGCCCUUAAUUAUGCAAUGGAAGGAAAAGUUGUUGAAUUUGCUAUUCUGUUGAUGGUAGCCUCUGAAAAAGUGUUGAGGACACCACUGUCUCCAGAGAUUAAGAAUGAUACACGUGGAACUUUAUCAGGCGAAAUCUUUUUUUUGUUUUCGGAUUUGGCUGCAACACUGGCUCAAAUUCAACAAAAGGGAAGUUGCAAUACAAGUGAGUUGCAAAAGUGCAUGGAGAAAAAGGUCAAGCUUAAGCAAAUAUUGGUAUUGCUCCAAAUAUUUGAGACAAUCGGGGACAAACUUGCUAAGUAUCUUCAGUUUGAACAAGCCAAACCCUCUUUUGUGGAGGUUACUCGACAUGUGGGUCACAUCUUUGAGGAAGGCGGAAUUCAUUCUCGGUUUGAGGUGGUAGAAGAGGAUCCAAUGAAUAAAAAGUAUUAUCGGCAAAUAAUUGGUUCCCCACAUGGAAGAGGUGAAAACGGUAUUGUGCAUAACGUUCUUCCAUCCCGAUUAUCCCUUGUUAAUCCUCUUCGCUAUGAUCUGGUAUGUGCCAUGUUGGGUUUUUUUGGGUUCAUAUCUUUGCUGUCUUAUUUAUGAAGUUAUAGUUUCUUAUUUUAUUCACAUAAGUUGCAUUUGCUGUGGGGAGAUUAGUGUUCUGUUUUCACUCAUUUUGAUUUCUGGGGUCGUAAAGAGCCCCAAAUCUAAAAUUAAAUAAUUAUUUCUUUGUAUCGACGGUUUCUCCCAUCUUCCGUUAACUUCAUCCCUCCAACAUCUCCGUUUCUUUUCAUCAGAAGCCGCCGGCUGCCAGCGGCGUUCUCUAUUUCUCUUCUCAUCCCAAGCUGCCAGCGGAAUCAGGAUCUCAUCCCAGAAUACGGAAGGUAGUAUUUCACCUGUUUGUUGAUCAUCAGUGGUGGAGGCUGGGCUAUUGAAGAGUGAUUUCACAAUUGUAGGAAAAUAUUAUUUAUUUUUAAAACAGAUUAAUAAGCAUUACAAACUAUUUUAUUAUGUUACGAUUUCCUCCCGGUACACCCAUUUAAGAAUGAAACUUUACUAGACAU